AUGUCAAAUACAUUGCCAAAUUCACUACUGAACUUACCGCAAGUUCACUUCGGAACUUUCCGCACACGAUGCCUAAUACACCACCGAAGAAGCCCAAAGGCAUCGGACCAACGAACCGAAACAGGUUCUCGAACAGGCUCUAACAAGCUUAGCUAUAUAUCUACUGGCGAAACUCUCGCUGUGUGUGAUGACUUUAAGGUUCUCUUCGAUGAUAAACUUAAACUUGAGAAUGCAAUCAGGAAAAUUAACAAAAUUAACAGUACUAUGAUUAAAAGCUUCUACAAAAAAAAAGCGAGAAAUCCAAAACCCGAAACCAUAGAAUUGAUUAAGCUGUGGGUGGUUAAUGAAAUGGGAGAGUAUUCGGAGAAUGAUGCAAAGCAUCUAAAUAGUUAG